UUCCUCUUCCGACGAGGGGCGGGGCCCGAGGCCCGGGGCCAGGAGCCCUCAGGAAUCCGCGGGUUGCUCCGUGGCCUCCCACCGCUGCCAUGUCCUGGUCGGGACACCUGGUCCUGCGGCCCUGGAUUCGAGACCUGAUCCUGGGCUCAGAGACGGUCUUAAACCCUCUAGCGGUCCAGCUGCUCGAGGUGCUGCAGGAGCCAGAGGCCCCCGGCCCAUCUGGCGCCCCCGACACGUCUGACGCGGGAACCUCGCUGCUGGUGUCGGACGGGACCCUCAGUGUCCGCUGCCUGCUGACUCGGGAGGCCAUGGAGGCGUGGGACUGGGAGGAGAAGGAGUUUGGCUUCCGGGGCACAGAGGGCCAGUUUCUGCUGCUGCGGGACUGCGAGGCCCGGGUCCUGGUCUCUGAGAGGGGCUCGUCUGCAGAGUUCUACCUCCAGGUGAACAGCUUUAUCCUGCUGCCCUCCUUUCAGUACCUGGAGCGGGUACCCGACUGCAACCAGGACCCAGAGGUGCGAAGAAAGCUCUUUGACUGCCUGGAGGAGCACCUUUCAGAGUUUACCUCUCCCAGUCCAAGUACUGGUAUUUCACUAUCCCAACUUCUGGAUGAAGUGCAAGAGGACCAGGAGCACCGGGGGGCACUGGUGCAACUGGCUGAGAACUGUCUGAUGCUGACCAGUGGCCAUUUCACAGCACCUUGUCCGACCCGAUGGGCUACUUUACGGCACCAGACCAUGGGUGAAGCCAUGUACACUGUCCCCAGCGUAUGCCUGCACAUCUCUGAGGAGGACCAGCAAAUUCUAAGUUCUCUAGGCCCAGGUCAGAGGGCAGUAGGCCCUAAACCUCCCCCACCAGACCUGGCUCUGCAGGACCUGCCUCAGACUCUGACCUCUUCCUCUUCCAGUUUCUCAGGAACUCCUGCCUUAUCUGGCCACGUGUUGUCAGAGGAGGAUAGUGCCAGUGUUAGUCUUCUGUCUUCCACAUCCUUGGCUUCUCCAGGCCAAGAGCAGAACAACUCUCAGCUCCAGCCAUCCACCUCUUCAGCCCCUAGUCCUCCACCUCCUAGUUCCCCACAACCCAACCAUGUACCUGUCUCUCCACCUUUGAACUGUACCCCAGUUCUUUCAUCACUUGGCCAUGACUCCAGUCCACACCAAGUAACCAGAGCUCAGAAAACUAACUCAGACCUAGGAUUGCUCCCCAAGAACUGGCAGCCCUCUAUAAUCAUAAGAACCUCCAAAGGAUCCCUGAAGUCCAACCCUAUCUGGGACCCUCCAAAGAGGCAUCAUGAUGGUUCUGCCUUCCAAUAUGAGUAUCAGUCCCCCUGUGCCUCCCUCUGUGCCCAGGUCCAAGCUGCCAGGCUCCCUCCUCAACUCGUGGCCUGGGCCUUGCUCUUUCUGAUGGAACCACAGGCAGACUCUGAACUAACCCAGGUGUGAAGGGUCACAGGAGGAUGUGCUCACACAGGCCCACGGUGAACACACAGUAUUUCAGGCUGCUUCAUUUGAGUUUUUUAAUAAAAUAAUCUCAUGCGGCUGGA